AUGAAUCACCUAUCUAUCUAUCUAUCUAUCUAUCUAUCUAUCUAUCUAUCUAUCUAUCUAUCUCUCCUCUCUCUCUCUCUCUAUAUAUAUAUAUAUACAACCGAAGUCUUACCUCACGGCCGAACUGUUCCUUUAAUGUCGGACUAUUCCCUCACUGCCGGACUGUUCCUUCUUGACUGGACUGUUCCUUCCCAGCCGGAGUAUUACCUUACGGCCGGACUGUUCCGUCACUGUCGGACUGUUCACUCACUGCCGGACAGUUCCUUCUUGACUGGACUGUUCCUUCCCAGCCGGAGUCUUCCCUCACGGCCGGACUUUUCACUCACUGCCGGACUGUUCCUUCUUGACUGGACUGUUCUUUCACAGCCGGAGUCUUCCCUCACGGCCGGACUGUUCCUUCACAGCCGGAGUCUUCCCUCAUGGCCGAACUGUUCCUUCACUGUCGGACUGUUCCUUCCCAGCCUCAGUCUUACCUCACAGCCGGACUGUUAUCUCACAGAAUCCUCUUCACCUUUCUAA